AGGUUUCUGAGACGCUACCAGAAGAAAUCCUUGCCAAGAUGCAUGCACCUCCCAAGGGUGAUGCACCAAUCAUCACGGCCAGUGAGCUUGCUGAAGCCGAUGGGGUUCUCUUUGGCUUCCCGACGAGAUUUGGAAUGAUGGCUGCACAGUUUAAGGCAUUCUUUGAUUCUACUGGUGGCCUAUGGAGAACUCAACAGCUUGCAGGGAAGCCUGCUGGAAUUUUCUUCAGCACUGCCUCUCAGGGUGGUGGCCAGGAAACUACUGCCUUGACUGCCAUAACUCAGCUGGUUCACCAUGGAAUGAUCUUUGUGCCUGUUGGCUAUACUGCUGGAGCUGGAAUGUUUGAGAUUGAGAAAGUGAAGGGUGGCUCUCCUUAUGGUUCUGGAACCCUAGCUGGGGAUGGUACCAGGCUACCGACUGAGCUUGAACUGCAGCUUGCCUUCCACCAGGGUAAAUACUUUGCUGGCAUUACAAAGAAGUUGAAGGCUUCGUCUUGAUUUUGUGUAUGCUGCCAUUGCUAGCUAUUGUUGAAACCCUUAAUUUCUCAUAAAGAAUAAAUUGCAGAAGUUUGUACUCAUGAUUUCUCAGCACACUUGCUCUUCUAUGUAUACUUGUUCUCUGUUAUUUUAAGUUUAUGAAGAUGCCGCCUUAUUUG